AUGGAGGUUCAGGGGAAAGACGCAGGUCGGAUAUGGUUAGAUUUGUUGCGCCCUGAGCAAGGGGCACGUAAAGAAAUCCACCCCGCCGGCCUACAGAACGCAGAAAACAUCAACCAAACUGCUGAAGAAGAUGGAAUUUUCGCUUCACGAAAGUUUGUUGGGAAGCAGGUUGGGGGCCCUAAGCCAUUGCUUGCCGUCUUUUCACUGGUACUCUUGUCUGCUGUUGUUUUGCGGGUGUCGAGCAAGCGGAAGAUCCACCAGUUGAGCGCCUCCAGGUUAAGCUUCCACAAUGAAUGGGCUUCGCGUUCCCUUGACGAUCACGCCAUACGGAGGUACUUGAAUAAUUUCGACAAAGCGGCUGAUGUGAUGAACAAGGCCUGGAAGUUCUCAUUACCGCCUGUGCGGGAAGCUUUUCAAAGGCAUUUCAUGCCGUCGCUCAGCGACGGUCAAGCGCCCACUGAAGAUCCGUUGGCAACCAUCAAUGACCACGUGGCGAAGAUGCGAGGAUGUGAAUUCCCGUUUGAUUCUUCUGCGCAGGUGAGGAGUGAUUUCUUGCAACACCUGCAGCUGCUGCUCAGCAUUUGCGAGAUGGUCACGCUUCGUAUUGAGGAAUUAAAUUGGUUGUUCUCUAUGAGGAGGCGCCUCGACGCUCGACUCAGUUUUCCUGUCAACGAAGAGCCCGAUAGGAAUUCGACCGUUGAAGGCGUCAGCUACAGAACCUGGCCUCAGAUGAAAGCAGAAGACUUCUUGCGCGCCAUGGGGAUGGAUGGCGGUGAACUGACACCUCCAGUAGAUGGAAACGUAGCCAAACAACUCCUAGUUCAGUCUCUUACAGAGAACAAAUAUAAUGUCUGCAACUUGGAGGCCCGAUAUUACUUCGAGCGUUUUCUGCAACACUCUGGCGAAGACGACGCCGUCAAGUCCACUUCCCCCACUGCCAAGUACCAUAUUCCAUACGAUGGAAAACCAUUUAGAACUGGCGCUCUCGCACAAGCAGCUGCCCAAAUAUUUCGCGAAUCUGAGGGCAGUACGAAUUAUGCAAUGAUACGCAAGUUGCAUUGGAUUGGGGACAAUUGGACACCCAAAGCAGUACUAGAGGCAGGGAAACAGCAGGAGAAGGAAAAUGCGUACAAGCUGGAACAGCUGUUGCGUAUUAAACGGGAGCAAAUGCGUGUGCUGCUUAAGAAGGGCAUACAAUACGGUGAUUUGGAAAUGAAUGCAUUAUUCCUUCUAUAG